CUUCGAUUCACUUCCGGAAUCAUCUUCAACACUGGGGAAGCUUCAUUCGGCUUCACUGUUAAAUGAAUUCGGAAUUGCAGCAAUCUCUCAAUCACUGCAGAGGAUCUGCGAUAGCAAUUUGUAUCAUUCCUAAGGAUGUCUAAGUUAUUUGGAGGGAAAAGUCCAUUUGAUGACCCUUUCUUCACUGAACCAUUCGGCGGGAAUAAGUGGUUAGAUGAUUAUGAGGGCAGUUCCCGGAAGCAAAUCACCAUUGAAGAGUUGAGCCCUGAGGAUGGUGGUGAUCAUGCUCAGAACAAUGAAGAGCCAAGCAAAGAACUUGUUGUUAAGAACAAUGGGAAAAAAGGAAAAUCAGAAAGGAGGCAGAAUUUCAGCUUCAGGAGAGUUGCAUAUGGUGGCAUAAAUGGCACUUACUAUAGUUGCUCAGAAGGCAUGAGGGUUGGUGAUGAUGGGGUGGUUUUGGUAGAGAUGAAUGAAGAAGACGAGACAAUUGGCGAAUCGCUGCAUACAAUAUCAAAAGGAGUCCACAACAAGGGUCAUUCUGUCACAACGAAACGUAGUUCCACAGGUCAAGUGGAUACGCUGCAAACGUUACACAACAUGAACGAAGAUGAGCUUGCUAAUUUUGAAGAAACAUGGAAAGCUAAUGCUGAUAAACAGUUGCCAGGAUGGAAUGAAGGGUUCAAAUCACUUGAGAAUGCUGCAGGGGCUAGUGGCAGUAUAUGGGAUGAUGAUUUUGCAGCGUGGAGAAAAUGGGCGCUUCCACCCGGGGCUGACUACUUUGGAUUGCUGGAACAGGGCAGUGAACCCCAGGAUGAUGGUUCUAGCCAGAGAACCAGAAGAGUUGUCCCUGUUGAAUAAAUUAAACUUCUCCUUCCACCAUAGCCAUAUAUGUCACCAUGCUAAUGUUACUAAUGAUCAUCUCUAUAUAUCCCAUGUGUUUGUGAAAUUUGUUUCA